AUGGAUGUGACACUUCACUGGUCCGAUUACUUCAUCUUGGCGCUUUCAUUGUUUGCCUACGCCCUAGUCGGUCUCUACUUCCGAUGGUCCUCGCAGAUUACUAAUACUGUUGACCGAUGCCUGGGACGACCAGUCAAAGAAGUGAGGACGCAGACCGCACAGGAGAUUUUUCUGGCCAACCGCCAGUUGGGCGUCCUGCCAGUUAUGGCCAGCACGGCCGCCAGCUUCCUCUCGGCGGCGACCCUGAUGGGCAAUCAUUUAGAAAUCUACCUUUACGGCUUUCCAGUGCUGGCAAACUCCGUUUCCUAUUUAGUGCUGUUUCCUAUUGUGUCGGAGAUCUACAUGCCUGUUCUCUACAAACUGAAUUUAUUGAGCAUCAAUCAGGUAAUCUUGAGGCUUGAGUGCUCUUAAAUUUCUCCUUUUAGUACUUUGCAAUGCGUUUCGGUGGAGGUGUCAAGUUACUGGCUACUAUCACUUUUAUUUUACAGAUGGUGAGUUGGGGAUUACUUGGUAACCAAAUCUGCCUUCACUUUAAAAGUUACUCUCGUACAGAGCAUGUUAGCUUUCCUGUACAUUUAGAAUUAGGCACGACUUUGGGUAGCAUAGGCUGUGUAACCCCACUAGCUUUUAUAUGCAUAUCUAACUACUAUAUUCGUUUAAGUAAGCCCUGUUUAGUUUAUCGACUUAUAGCCACAGGAAGUUGCACAUUAAGUUUUGCCUAGCACACUGAUGUCACCGCGUGAGCCGAGUCGUUCCAGUGCGAUUUUUUAGCGAUAUAUUAUCUGGCACGAAGCAGCAUUCGGCUUUCGCUCCCCCCUCCCCGAAAUCCGUUUCUUUCAAAAGGUGGCUAUGCAUUCUUGACUUGUCGGUAAUCGCCGUACAGCUCAUGUUAUAAGGAUCGUCGGCUACUUUCUGGUUUGUUUAGUCUCAGCUAGAUCACAACCACUCUGCUUCCACGUCAUCUCCAAACAAUGUCUGUUGUCGGACUUGAAGGCUAUGACUUAUUUACUUCUGCGCAAAUACUAGCCUAGCCUUCUUGCGCCAUCUCGAUACUCACAAUACAACGCAUGCUGUAUGGGUCGUUGAUUGCGUUGUGGCUUACUUUAGAUCGGUUAGGACACAGACGCUCAACUUCCAUGAUAUCUCCAGACGGUUUCUCCAUGGAUUGCUUACUCCUUCAAGCAUACAUGUGCGUAGUCCCUUCCACACCCUGUAAUAGGAUAGUUAAAUUUCGUCGUGUUUACAAACAAAAAUUUACUUAUAAAUGGUUGUUAAAUUAAAUCCAAGAAGGGGUCAUUAUUCAGGUUCCAUAGCCGGGAAGCUGUCGCACCGGAUAUACUUUCGCAAUGCAUGAAAAAAAUGUUUUCCACGCUUGCUUCAAUCCUACGCUGCCUAAGCCAAGCCACAGACAAUAUUAGACCACGUCUACGUGGGCCCAAAUUAUCUGAGCUGACAUCGGAGCCCCCAGGACUUUUCUCCUUCGACAGAGGCCGACACUGUCGGUAUGCAGCCUAACUAAUUAACAUUUUGCCCCGCUAGAUAACAGUGCCCUUUCCUGGCAGUAUUCUACCACCUUCUACGAGUUUAUGUCUUCGGUUAUUCCCCCCGCUUUGAUCAGAAAAUCAAGCUCCGAUUAUUCGACGUUUCUGCGACCUGGGGCUGAUGUUCCAUGUUUUAGAUGGAAAUAAACAAACAUUUUUACGCAUUCUGCUUAUAAAUGCAUUUUAUUAUUGUACAUAACCUUUGCACAUAAAUAGUCGUCUUCCCUAAAUUUUUAUUUCUCAGUAGUCUGUCGACUUAUUUUGAAGAUACAAACAGACGUCCAUACUUACGAUAUGCGGUUUUUUCCUUGUUCAUUAAAGUGUACUUCCAUAGCUUCUCAUAUAUUCAUGCGCAUCACGCCACCUAUCAGAGUUACUAUAUUUGGCACUUACUUUUGUUCUUUCCUAUUGGUUGUUCGUUUCAUUGGUCCCUGGGCUGUCGGACAUUUGCCGGAGGCGGAUUAUUCAAGCACCUUUUAAUGUAUUGAGACGUGCCUUUUAUCUAUUUUCAGUUAACGCGCUCGUUUCCUUUGAUAUCUAUAUAUAUAUAUAUAUAUAUAUAUAUAUAUAGGCGCAAAAGAAGGAUUUCAGCAUCAAUAUAUCUAUUUUCUAAGUGUUACCGCAAGCACAUAGCUCCCCCCUACACGGUGAUAUCCGACCCUAAAACCCCUAUUACCACCAUUUGUUUAUUACACGUGCCUGGGAUUACGCAACCUACAGCUGUCUGAUUUAGUAGCUGCGAAUCAUCGGUAAAGAUGUUUCGAAAUGUUUACUGGUCGACGUGCCGGUUGAUGUGAUUAUAAUGAAAACGAUAACCUGUUGCAGGGUAAUAGAGGUUUAUUAUACAAUCAUUCGUGCUCUCGUCGCUAUGAUGCCGGUUAAGGUACCGUCAGGCCCAAAACACAAGUUCUAAUCCCGAAAAAGAUUUCUGAGGCUAUGCAAAGGCAGUUGCUAAGUCUCUCUCCUUGUUAAUCUCAGGUUUGUGCAAAAUGAACUAUCUAGAAGACAGCUGCUGAGAUUUAACGUAACUUACUCUCGCUUUGAUCUACUUUUCAGUCUUUUCAUGUAUUCUCAACUUUUCGCCUUUUCAAAACCACUAGGUAUUUUACGUAGGAGCAAGUUUGUUUGCUCCCGCCGCCGCCUUGAGCGCAAGUAUGUUCUGUCGUCUUCUCUGUGCCUUUAAAUAGUGAACAUUUUUCCCAAAGACGAAAUCGACAAUACCUCGCAAAUCUAGCCGAAGCUUGAUACACCGAAAGCCAAUCCUAAUCAAUCUUAAAGUAUUUUUCAUUCCAAAAGAUGCUAGGACAAACUCAUAGGACUUUCUUAGUUGGUAAUUGAGGUGGCUUCCAGAAGAGUUUGUUAAAUUUCCAAAGGACUCACUUUUCUUUAAAAUGUACCUGUAUAUGCCUAUAUAUAUAUAUAUAGGGGAUUAUUUUUAGUUAGGCUUAAUAAUGGGGUUGCUGAUAAAAUAGGUCCAAAUAUAUUCGUAAAAAAGUCUACUGAUAAACGCCGUCAUAACUGAGUCCAAACAGUACAGCGUUUAGUGCAUUAUCUAUAGAUUUACCUCAUCCGUAGGAAAAGCUAUCCUAAUGCUGAGGUUUCCUCACGUUUACCUUGAAACUUUCUUGAAUUCCGAUGACUUUCGCGGCAUAUAAUCUGACAAGAUGCCAUCAUUUCGCAGUCAGACGUGACUAUUCAUACGUUGGUUAAAUAGCUGUCCCAAUGAGGCUGUGAUAUUCUUUGUCGCGUUUAAUAUAUAUAUAUAUUUUAGUCGAUCAUGCACGCACAAUUCGUCAGUCAAUAGGUGAGGCGUCGACUGAUAGAAAUCUAAAUUUAAAAAAAGUAUUAUCGGAUUUUGGAGAGUAGACCGAAACCCCAACGUAUUGUAUUUAUUGUCUAUCAAUUUUGACUUCUCAAUCAAUGAUAAUACUUUUCUGAGACUGUAUUUUAACUUUCAGUGACGAAUGCAAAUUUACUACUAACAAUUAUUGGAACUGGAGCGCUUACGACGUUCUAUACCGCGAUGGUAAGAAUAUUUAUAACUUUCGUAUAUAUUACCGACUGGAUGUGUAAAAAUACACUUCUUUAGCACUUGCAAUUAAGUGUUUUCGUUACGAGAUGAACCUUACGUACAAUGUGCAGCUUUGUGCCAGAUAUGCCAAGAAUUAUACGCAACACAGCAUGAACAAACACACGUCACGGUUUUCAAGGGUAAUGCGAAAUAAAAAUCCUAAUUUAUGGAUGCACAGUAUCGGCUGUAAAGUCUCUUUUGAUUGUAGCACACAUUAUAGGCAUACCUCUCCGGAUAGACAAAGUAGAAUUAAAAGUAAAAGGUAAAUGUGUACGUACACAGACAAGUUAUUAGUUCUGACCAAAAAUCAGACAGUCCUGCCCUUCUAAACCACGCCAGAAUUUACGAGCACAUUUCGAGUUUGCAAGUAAGACAAAGGACGAUAAUUGCAUGGUGUGGCUUGGUUAUUUAUCACUUAUGACUAUUUUAGAUCCGAAAGAAAGAAACGACCGAGGAAACCUAUUUCGAUAACUACAUAUGCGCAUUCUGUCAUUUUCCAAAAAAUAUUGGGAUUGUUCAUCUUUUCGCUCAAUGGGUUUGGGUAAAAUCAAAUCCUUGUUUCGAAAAUUGAAUUUAUGACUUAAAAAACUCUGAAUUGCAAAACCCAACCUGUAGCUAUAGCGUUUCCCGAAUUGUUAAUGUUUCCUCAAAUUUGGGGAUUUCCCUCUUUAGUAGGUACACUGGAAAAUGCAUUAGGAGCAGUAUUCGAUUGGGUCCCAAAUAAGUGAGUUUUCAUCACGUUAUCUGAGACCUAUCUCAUAAACUGAUAAAAUGCACUCAUAAUCAGUCAAUGCAUCUUCAGUAGGUGGGCUAUUUCAUGAAAUUUCAACCGAAAUUCCGAAAUGUGUUUUAGUUUCGAAAAGAUUAAUUAAGUAGAUUUGGAUAACUAAUCACCAAGCAGCAUAAUUCUAUAAUAAUUCAGUUACCCCAUCAUGCCGGUUUUCGAACGAACUUCUUUUCGGCAGCAUGCAAAAGCUGUAUUCUGUAAAAAUGAACACUACAGUAGUAUACAUUUUUCUCACUGAUUUCCGAUGUCCCUAAAGGUCCAACUAUAUUUCAUAGAAAACAUGCACAAGAACACACAUUCUUUUACUCGUUCGGUAGAAAAUUACGUCUUUUUCAAAGUUAGGACUCGAAGAAAGGGUAUAAUUCUGUUUUAAAAAAACUGUUGCAAUUCCGACUAAUUUCGUACCUGACAUGCCGUUGAACUCACAUUCAGGGCUUCCAAACAACAAACCAUAUAUUUUCUGCCUACGGAAAACCCUAUGCUUCUAUACGGUAUUAAGUGGGAUUCAUAAAAUUAAGCAGUGGGUUUGAGCCAUGUUGUUAGCUUCAUGAGCCACAAUGAUAAAUGCAGAGACAUGACCUUUUAUUAACGGCUAUUUGACGGUAUUAAAAAAUCUCACAAUUAGAAACAUUUUUUAAAAUUGAAUUAUACGUUGAGUAUAAAAUUGGAAGAAGUAGUAAUAUUCUACCGAAUGAGUAAAACCAUGAAUAUUUAAUUUAUGCUUUCUAUUAAGUAUAAUUGGACAUUUAGCGGCAUCGAAAAUCAAUUAGAAAAAUAUAUACUACUGUAGUAGUCAUUUUUACAGAGUGUAGCUUUUGCACGCUGCCGAAAAGAGAUUUGUUCGAAAGCCGGCAUCCUGAGGUAACUGAAUUAUUAUGGAAUGAUGCUGCCUGGUGAUUAGUUCUCCAAAUCUACUUAGUUAAUCUUUUCGAAACAAAAACACAUUUCGGAAUUUCGGUUGACAUUUCAUGAGUUAGUCCACCUAAUGCACCUACUGUUAUAGAUGCAUUCUGAAUUGUUCAAACUGGCAUGUUAUUCCUACACAUAUCAUAACACAUCCGCACGUCAUAGCUGAUUAUCAGUAUUUACUACAUAUGAAUUAUAUCGAUUGGUACGACGCUUUUCAGAGAAGGUGAUAUAUUAGUUUACCGCAGAAAAGCAUGAUGGGAAAGCAUGAAAAUACUGCUUGUUUUUGGGUUCUUAAAUUUGUCCUACGGGCCUGCUUAAGUAUUGCGUCCAAGCUCCUCAUUAGCCGGACGACAGAGCGCCGAGAGACGCCGGAGUACGGCUUUUCAUGGAAAUUCGUUGUGUAUCUCACUAUAUGAAAUCUAACGCACAUGUCGCCAUUAUGGCGCUUUAAAUAUCAUGACUUGGGUGUUGACAAGACGGCUACUUCAAACUCGACUGUGCAUUGGACUGAGGGGUUGACUGUGAUGCCUUCUACCCAUCCUGUUCUUGUACUCCUUUUCAAAUCUCCGAUCCCCUUCCACCUAAAGGUCUAGUUUGCGUAUGAUUUAGGAAACAAGUAGUGUGCAACAGGCGUAGUCAGACUAUUCAUGCUUGGCCCACCUAAAUGAAGACUUAUUAUGCAUCUUUUUGGCCUUGGCUUUUUUAAGAAAGUACGGUGACAUAAACGUGGUACGCUUCUCCCUUGCUGCAGCCAUCUUCACACUGAUGACGCCGCUGCGCGCUCUUGCGCCCUGGUUCAUCGCGCUGUUUGCAGGGGUUAAGUUGCCAUGCACACAUUCCAAAGCUAAACAUGCGAGAGUGUGUUUUUUGGGAGUACAGAAAAUUACUUCUAUUGUUCGUAUCUAUUUAGUCCUGAAAAAAAGCAAUCUAUCCCUGCGUUGUAGGGCGGCAUCAAGGGAGUUGUCUGGACGGAUGUCAUCCAACUGAUCAUUAUGCUAAUCGGCAUGAUUACGAUCCUUGUCGUGGGGCUAAUUUCAAUAGGUGGACCCGCUAUAAUGUGGCAAACGGCUUUAAUGGAUGGAAAAAUCGACGGGAUUAGGUAUGGAAAACGAAAUAUUGAUUUUUGUUAACCUUGCUGUCUAUAAGGGAAGUAAUUCCAAAAGUAGGUCCGAUUUUCAUGCUUGCGUAAAUUAACGUAUACGGUCUGUGAUACUUGCGCAGUAAAAGGUUUGAAGACGCUUGUAAAAAUCGGUGGGUCAGAGUUCUUCAGUGUCCGUGUAGUUUUUAUACAGAUGCGAGCUGAUUAGCCGCAAUGAUUGAUGUUAUAUAACCUCAUCACAGAGAGCCGUUGAUUGAGGAUCGGCUUCUACUUCAUUAGGUCGCCUAGUAGGUCCAUUCGUUGUUUGAAUGUGCGGAACAGGUAGGGAGGACUGACAACUGUUAGCCAGACACAGGUUCCCUUUCACCACAAGACAAAUGGGGAAAUGGCUGGCUUGGCCAAUUCCAUCCCCGAACCGGAGACGCUGCGGGGGCAGGCUGGCACUGUGUUGGUUCUCUCGUGGUUGUUUUCCGCCUCCUGAAUCCCGUCCGUGUGUCGACGAAUUCGGAGGCCUUUGGUCAAAGCUGACCGAAAUUCGAGAUGGAGGCAGGGUUGUAGACGGACAGAGUAAUAGUAUAUAGCCGUAGAAUCAUGAAUCAGCCUUUUUAUGUCAUGGUUAGUAAGGGUGCUGCAUGGUAACGAGACUCACGACGGACAUCAGGGUCAAGAAACAACCUAACGCAAAUAAAGCCGGCGCAUUUUGCUUGUGUCUUUUUAUUGUUCGCCAGUGCAUAAUGACAUUUUAAGGGUAAUAUGUGGUUUGGUAGGCCCACCUGACGGACACGAUACUGUUGGAGUUAUGGCUAAGAAUUAGGGUUAGAGGUUAUGGUGAGAUGUUAGGGUUAGGUUUUGGGGUUUAGGGAAAGGUGUUAGGGGUUAGGGUUUGAGAUUAGGGGUUAUUAUUAGGAGUUAGAGUCAGGGUUAGGGGCUAGCGCAACUAGUUCCCAACUAGUUCAAAGUGCAACCGCGCGUCCCCAAUAGCUUUUCUUUUGCAUUCCUCUACUUGACCUUGUCGCCUGUGCGUCCCCCGACUCCACCUGUACAAACCCCUAUUACCACCAGUCCCGUAUUACAGGUGACUGGAGUUUUUUUAAUUCAGGUGCGGCUACAUACCCACAUAUAACCAUUUUAAGGGCUGAAAUGAAGAUAACUAAGCCAAUCACUAGGUUCAUAUUUCUACCAUAUGUAUGUUAUUAACUUUGGACAUUUCUAGUUUUAGUUUGGACCCUUUUAUUCGGUACACAUUUUGGAGUUUGACCAUUGGUUCCACCGGAACAUACCUUUCCACCCAGGCCUCCAACCAGGCUCAGGUUCAGAGAUAUCUUUCUUGCAAAAGUCUGAAAACCGCGAAAACGUAAGUCUUCGUUUUAUCUACCCAUUUCACAGGGAAAACGAACUGAAAGACUUGCGUGUAAUGAAACAUUCCGCAACUAAAGUCCCCAGGAUUAUUUAACAGAUAGUUAUUCGGUCACCUCCUACAUUCUAAACAAACAUUUUGUGAACUGAUUUUAACAAGAGAUCAAGUAAGGCUGGCAAAAAUUAAUACUCUUAAACUGAUCCUUUCUACCUAUAUGGGCAAUCUAUUUUAGCCUUCCUUUAGAAAGUCAGUCUAAGUAGUAAACAAACCUUGGAUUCUUCUGCGACAAAUAACGCUUGAUAAUUGCCAGUAGAAGCGAAGAGACGAGUCCCAAGAAGUAGACUUGAAGAAGGAGAAACAGUCGCUGGGACAAAAGCUUUGUUAGCAUGACAUUUCGGAUUCCUACUCGAAUCCAUCAUCAGAGACAACAGCGGAUAUGAAUGCACAAGGGGCUGCAGUUUUUAUAGGAUGCAGUCACCAUACUACCGCAUAACUAUGAACAUUCAUGGCUCCCCCUUCAUCCGGGAUCGUCGCAUUUGGUGUGCUAAUUGUUUGAUGGCUGAACUUCGCGUCGUUAAUUGUUGCAAUUUCAUCGCGUGCGGUGGGUGUUGAUGUGAUGAUUGCUCGACCAUGUGACCCACCGACCCUGGAGUUGGGAAAAGUGCUCACUUGUGCGCUCCCGCGUGGCUACUUACUUCGCCUAGGCGAAGUCUCGGCACCGAGUGCGAAAGGGAAAGUUCAUUCCACUUGUUAAUGGACUGUGGGCCGAUAAACCAUGAUUUAAGUAGCUCCCAACUCACGCGUUUGUCACCUCUUGUCUGGUGUCGUUUAUGGGAGCUGAUGCAGUUGCGGACAAAGCAAAUACGUCGGAGAAACCGGAAAACAGAUCCGAACGAGAAUGGCUGAACACACUGCAGCGGUGCGAAGAAAUGACGCCAGCUCUCAAGUUGCGGCUUAUUCGACGAGAUCCGGCCACACAUUCACAUUUGACGACGCCGAAAUGCUCACUAGAGGUGACAACCGCGUGAGUUGGGAGCUACUUGAAUCAUGGUUUAAUGGCUUCCCGUCCAUUAACAAGUGCAAUGAACUUCCCCUUUCAUACUCAGUGCUGAGACUUCGCCUAGGCGAAGUAAGCAGCCACGCGGGAGCGCACAAGUGAACACUUUUCCCAACUCCAGGGUCGGUGGGUCACAUGGUCGAGCAAUCAUCACAUCAACACCCAUCGCGCGUGAUGACAUUGCAGCAAUUAACGACGCGAAUGUCGGCCAUCAAACAAUUAGCACAGCAAGUGUGACGAUCACGGAUUAAGGGGGGAGUCGAGAAUGUUCAUAGUUAUGCGGUAGCAUGGUGACUUCAUCCUGUAAAAACUGCAGCCCCUUGUGCAUUCAUAUCUGCUAUUGUCUCUGAUAAUGGAUUCGAGUAGGAAUCCGCUAGCAUCAGGCUUCUCUUCAACACCGCUGACGAAAGUGCAGCUAAAAGCGAUUUGAAAAGAGACGCGCAAGUAAUAGUUCCUCCAGUUAAAAUUAUCAAGCGGGAGGUUUUAAUUAUCGUAGGCAUGUGUUUGUAUGACAAUCGCAUCUUCUCAGUACAGUGCCCCUGUGGUUUCAUUAACCUUACCUCUGACUGCCUUGAAUGGCGGAUUUGAGGGAGAAUCCAAAUCCGCAGUCAAGUUAAAUUCUUGUGCUGCAAUUGUGUCUGCCUUUUCUUUAUCCUGCGAAGACUAUCGAGCGGAUACUCAUUCAGUCAGUACCAUAUCACAGACAAACAAUGAUGAAUGUAUUUUAGCAAACGUUGAAUCAAGAUAGAAAAAAGCGAAUUAUUAGCCAGUCUGUUGUUCGACUUACUGGGCAUGAAGAAGAGGAGAUAAGUUUAGUUGGUUGUUUUACAUGCAACGCUCUUUUCAGAGUAGAAAGACGCUUUUGGUCGUUCACUUGCGUCUUAAGUAACAUUUCGCGGCAAAAGAAUGGGGUUACCCCCUCAGACAAAGUGGAAACGUUUAAUUGUUAGGUCAAAGUCGGGAGUGUUUGUCUGUAGUUGAAUCCCAGGAAGAGAUUUAACGAUCUUUUGAAAGAGGUAAGAUGGAAAAAGGCCCGAAGACAUUUAUUUUCACAAAGAACACACAUAAGAAAGAUUUUCAUGGUUAUGCGCAACUGAAACAUCUCACCUGGCAAAAAUUUUUGCGUUUCUUUUAUCAUUUCAAGAGCAAUCCUACUGAACAUACCAAUCAAUAUCCUCUUCACUGUCCUGCACGUUGCUGUCGGCCUCAUUUCCUACGUCUACUUCCGUGGAUGUGAUCCGAAAUUGAGUGGCGAACUGGCCCGUCACGACAUGCUCUUUCCCUUCCUCACAUUGAAACUUUUCGCAAACAUUCCCGUCCUUCGUGGUCUCGUUCUGUCCGUCAUUUUUGCGGCGGCGUUCAGGUUUGCUUCAUGCAAUCACAUUAACUCUUUUGAUUUUGCGGCAAAAGCCAUAAAGUAGGCUUUUCGAAGCAGUCUGACAGUAUAAACAAUCAACAUUUCGACAUACAUAGUAGGUGGACUAACUCAUUUAAUGUCAACCGAAGUUCCGAAAUGCGUUUUCGUUUCAAAAAGAUUAAUUAAGUACGGUUGUAAAAGCUAAUCAGCGUGCUGCAUAAUUCCACAAUAAUUCAGUUACCACGGGAUGUCGUCUUUCGAUCGAACUUCGUUCCGGCUGUAUGUAGACACUACACACUGUAAAAAUGACUGCUUACGUUGCAUGCACUUUUCUCAUUGAUUUUCGAGGCCCCUAAAAGUCCAAUUAUAUUUUAGGGAAUACAUGCAUAGAGGUAUUCUUUCCUUUUGAUAUUCGGUAGAAAAUGACGUCGUCUUUCAUUUAUCUACUCGAAAAAAGUGUAUACUUCGGUUUUAAAAAAACUUUUCCAAUUCCCGAAUAAUUUUGAACCCGACCUGCCGUUACACUUACAUUCAUGGUUUCCAAACUACAAGCCGUAUAUUUUCCGCGUACGGAAAACCACACACUUCUGUGCGGUAUUAAUAGAGGGACCAUAUAGGGUUUACAAAAUUUAACAGUGAAUUUGAGCCAUAUUGUUAACAUUUUGAAGCCACAUUGGUAAAUACAAAUACAUGACCUUUUAUGAACGGCCAUUUCACGGUAUUAAAAAAUCUCACAAGUAGAAACUUCUUGCAAAACGAAUUAUGCCCAUUAAUCAAGUAUAAAAUUGGAAGAAGACGUAAUUACCUACUACACGACCAAAAGAAUGAAUAUUUAUAUGCAUAUUUUCUAAAAAAUAUAUUUGAAUUCGCAUGGACAAGGAAAAUCAGUGGCUACAUAAGUGGUCAUUUCUUACAGAGUAUAGUUUUUGAAUGCAACCAGAAAGACGUUCGCUCGAAAGCCGGCAUCCCGAGGUAACUGAAUUAUUAUAGAAUUAUGCCAUAUGAUGAUAAGUUUUACAACCCUAUUUGUUUAAUCUCUUCGGAACGAAAACGCAUUUCGGAAUUUCGGAUGACAUUUCAUGAUUUAGCCAACCUUAUGUACAUGGGGAAGUAUCUGUUUUGAGUUUAGCACUCAGUCUUACUUAAAAGUUCCCUGCGCAUAUAUCAGAAGACUUGGGAAAGGGCAAACGCGGAAACUAUAAGGUGCGUAGGUUGACAAUGGUGUACUAGGAAGGACGAAAAAUCAACAGUCAGAUACUUGCAUGUGAAAAACAGCGUAAUCUGCUUAGAUUUAAAGACCAGACAAUACUGUAAGAUUACUAACAUACAUAUCAGUAGGCCUUCUAAAUAACAAACAUUGCCUUUGAUCAAAAUGUCGAAGAACUACAACAAACUACUUCGACUAUCUAAAGCGAUUUCGUAUGUAUUUGCACGAAAAUUAACUUCUCAAGCAUAUGGAUCUUGCGCGAAAUAGAAGAGCCAUUUUUGCGCCAACGCCUAGCAUCUGCAGCAAAAACAACUAUUCUAACAGAUAUGAAAAUAUCCGAAAAAAUUAUUGGUAUUUAGUCUAUACUUCAAAACCUCUCUGCCUUCUCUUAAUUGCAGUGUGCAAAAUUGUGUUUUGAGAAAUACGAAUGCCGUUAGGACCAUAAUUUACGGACUUAAUUUCUCUAAAUCGAUUUUGCAUGUACUUAUGUCAAAACUGGACUCUGAUAAUUUACAUCUUUUAUGAAAUCGCUGAGCGUUAUCUGCUGCCUCCUUUUGUUCUCGCAAGGAGAAAACUUGCCUUGACAAGUCGUCAGGCAUUCAGCGCAAACUGGCGAAAUUUGGAUAACAAAGUAUCAUAAUAUCCAUUGCUUCCUCUCAAUUCAAGUGGGCACAAAUGUCGUUAAUGUAAUACAAAAUCGAUGAAACUGAAAUUCCAAACAUAUUUGGUAUUAAGAAACAGAAAUGACUUAUCAGUUCGGCAAAACCAAUGGACAUAUACGUCAUGCCUUCUACCGCUUUAUUCUGCCUAUCGUUAUUUUUAUUAAAAUGAGAGACUUUUUUCGUUUACAGUACGAUAUCUUCAGGACUAAACAGUCUGGCCGCUGUUGGGAUGCAGGAUGUAUUUUUGCCGAUAUACACGAAUAAAUUAUCGGAGAGAGAAAUUGGAGCAAAGCGGUUGGCAUUGAUAUCUCGUCUACUUGGUAGGCACCUGCUCCAGCCACUUCAAUAUAUUUUUAUUCUUUAGUUCUAAAAGUGCGAAUUCUGAAGCUGUAGUUAAUCCCCUCCCCUACGACGGUGAUUCAAGCAGAAACGAAUAUCCAGGUUCCCCUUUGUAGAGCAGCAGCAAGUUGAAUGUUCAGUCAUGGGGCCAGAUAGGUUGGGUCCACGAACGAAUGGGUGCAUUCUGUGCUGUGGCUGUCCAACGAUGUCCUAAGACGGGUCCAGCAGUCGAUGAACUGGACAAACGGGGGGCCACAUCUGAACAUGGUAGGCGUUUUCGGGGAUGCCCCACCAUGAAUAAAUGUCACACAGGGGGAGGGGUGUGGUGGCACGCAUAGAUGUAGAUUCAUGCCGCAAUAGCCACUUGCGCCCAAUCCUACCUCCCACCCUCUUGACGUCUUUUGACACUGGGUUUAGGUCGGCGAUGAGAAGAAAGUGAAAUAGAUGCAGUGAAAAAUCGACUACCACUGAAAACUACUUCACGUCCGCCCUUCUGUAUGGCGCACGGUGGAUAUCGCUGAAAUCGACGGCUGAACUGCUGCGCGUGUCGAUGGGGUCGGGUUCCAGGAAGCGCCUCCGAAGAAGAUGUGAUUGUUGUAACGAGAGGUAUAUAGGCGUGCUGUUUCAGGUUCUCGCUUGAGGCCACCACCAGAGACGGUAGCUGAUGAGGGCGAUGGUGGCAUAAGGAGUGCAGGUAUGGGUUUACGCCGUGUCAGCCACCUGCGUCCUCUCCUGCCUCCGGUCUUCUUGACUCUGUCAUGACGUCCGGACCAGAUGGGAGAGGAGGAGAAGGUGCGGCAGGUGCUGGGAAAGUCUACUGCGGCUGAAUUAAUUCACGCGCAACUCACCGGCCCUGCGCUCACCCUGUUGUGGUGCACAUGAUGGACAUAAUCGUAGUCGACGAUCGUACCGUCGGCUUUCUGACCUCUAUUUCUUCACUGCACAUAAUAUUUGGUUUGUGUGGUUAAUUUUGCUUCUCAGAGGCAGAGAGGGUCGGGCAGAACCUACGUUCCGUGAUCUAUGGUAAGUACACUUCUUUCUGAAAAGGACGCUUAAUAAUAAUUACUGGUGAUUAAUUCAGGACUAUGUGAAAAUUUAAAGCAUGGUGUUUCUGCCUUCAAGUGUCGUCGAAAUAGCAUGCAGAGGCCCCAAUUAUGCACAUUAACCUCAUGAUAAAUGAGUUCUAUGCAAUGUCUUUGGAGACUUGUUGGAGUCUUGAACAUUUCUGACAACCGAAGAUCGUCUGGACUUUCUGUGUUCAAUCACUUUUUAUCAAUAUCGGCAGCCAGAAGGACAAUCUGAAAGUCACUUGUAAAGCUAUUUGGGUCUAAUCGUACAAAUUGCACUGUGGUCUAGAAGAUAAACCCGCAUAAUCGUCGAUUUGCAAAAUAGGCACGGUGCCUUGUUCAAAACCACACCGAGACUGAGUUCGUACGAAUUUUUUGCUAUAUAACCAAAUUUACAGGAUGAGCAUUACUGCCCAGGUCGCUUUACUCACUUUUGUCUUCUGAGCAAGCAAGAGUUGUUUUGAUUUCCAAAGCCUCCAAUGAUUAUGAUGGCGCGAUUUCUUGAUAGUUUCGUUAAUAUAACAAAAACCUCUUUAAAAUCUCGCCAAAACAAUUUCCGCAUAUGUCUACAUGGGUUUCUUUCCGAUAUACCUUGGCUAAUUCGCCCUUAACGAUUUCUUUAACAUCUACAAACUAGCUAUAGUCCUGGGCAUUGUGACAACUGGAAUCGCUGUAAUUUUAAUUUACGCGUCGCCCAACAUAAUUCGGAUAAUCCUCAGUGUUUUCGGAGCCACCGGAGGUCCAAUCUUCCUACUGCACACUAUGGGAAUAUUUUUCCCUUUCAUCAAUAACUGGGUUAGUUCUGUGAUUUCUCCCCUGCAUACUAACUGAUUUCUGUAACACCGACUUAUGCAGGAUGAUGUGCAGAUAAGUCGAAUGCCUUUGGUAGUAUUUUUACUUGUUGAAAUUAAGUCGUUUUGUGAUCUGUUGCCACAACAAGCCUUACACUCUUCUCUAUAACAAAUUUGACGCUCCUGAAUCCAUUAUAAUGCGCUUCAUCAUGGCCUAGAAGUAUGUAAUUUGACAUGGAAGCAUUUUGGGAUGACCGGCGAACUGAAAGUCAGUCUACAAUGGUACUCAUACUCAUGCGAGAUAUGAAACGCUCAUACACUAGCCCUACAUAUACUUGGGGACCGGGUUAGUUGUGGCAGGCAUAGAUACAGUAGGUGGGCUAAUUCAUGAUAUGUCAACAGAAAUUCCGAAAUGCGUUUCCUUUUCGAGCAGAUUACUUAACUAGGGUUGUAAAACCAAUUAUCGUGCAGCAUUAUUCUAUAAUAAUUUACUUACCUCAGGACGCCGGAGUUCGAAAAUCUUCUUUUCGGCUGCAUUCAGAAACCAUACUCCGUGAAAAAUGGCAGCUUAAUUAGCAUGCAUUUUUUCACUGAUUUUCGAUGCCCUUAAAAUUAAGUAGUGGAUUUGGGCCAAAUUGUUCACUUCACAAACCACACUGGUAAAUGCAGAGACUUUUUAAUAAUCGAAUUAUAUCCUUCCUUCAAGAGUAACAUUGAAAGGAGCCCUAAUUUUAUAUUGAAUGAGCAAAAGAAUGAAUAUUUUUGCAUGUUUUCCAUGGAAUAUAAUUGAAUUUUUAAGGGCAUUGGAAAUAAAUAAAAAAUGCAUGCUAAUUAAGUUGCCAUUUUUUACGAGGAAUGGUUUCUGGAUGCAGCCGGAAAGAAGUUUGUUCGAAAGCGGGCGUCGUGAGAUAACGGAAGUAUUAUAGAAUUACGCUGCAUGGCGUUUGGUUUUACAACCCUACUUAAGUACUCUUCUCGAAACGGAAACGCAUUUCGGAAUUUCUGUUGAGAUUUCAUGAGUUGGCCCACUUAAUAUAGAUUGUUUAGCUUUGUCUGUCACUACAUCCGAAUUCACAUCUGGCCUUGACCCUGUCUCGUCAGCGCAGCAAGAUGGAUGGGAGGGGAGAGUGUGAGGGAUGCGGCGCGUGUACGCUUCAGUAUAAACUGAUUACUGUUCACUCCACCGUCGUCGUCGUCGUCCGCUGGUGUGGGUUUCGUGUGUGCAGGCACUGGCAAAUCAGUCAUACUACAACUUAAGUGCUCUUGCCAUAUGAAUAUGCGAUUUACUAUGUUAUCACCGUUUGCAUAUAACCGUGAAAGGAAUGUGUCUCAUGUGAGGGAAAUAUGGAGCCGAAAUCCGUCAACCUCGACGUAAUGUUCAUAAGCUGUUAAGAGACAGUCAGCAGUACGCAGAUAUUGCAUAAUUUGCCAUGCCGACAGCACAGGUACUAGUUAAAGGUCCAGAAGGGUGUUUUUCUAUGGAUGUGAGACACAGUCGCGAGAGGUUCAGUUUAACAAUUGGUCUCCAAGCGUUCCCGUGUUCUUGCCGACAUAUACUUCUGUUUUGCAAUCUCGACCUCUAAUCUCCUCAGAAUGUAAUGGAAUACAUCAUUCGAGAAAAACCCUCUCGUGUAUAGAAACCCGGACGUGAAAUUUAUGAGAGUGCUAUUACCAGGGUACGUAGGCGUCCUCUAAGUAAGAAGGCACUCGAUUGUCUGAGAACGAACAAACAUUCAAGCCACCCUGGUACUUUGAAAAUAUUCUUUGCCUUCAUCAACAAUUGUUUGAUUAGUGUGGUUUAUCAUCUGCGAAUUCAUUUUUUGUUUAUGGAACAGGACGUUUAUGCCAGUGAUCAUUAACCGCACUUCUGGUUUACUAGGGCAUUUCUGUAAUAUAACUGCUUACACAUGGCCGCACUUGUAAAGCAUAGGUAUUAGCCCUAUCGGCACCACUGAUGAUCAGGACUGAUUUGCAACUGCUUACUCUCACUUAAUGGCAGGGAUCAAGAACGCCAAAUGCACCAAUGCUUAUUGAGAAAUCGACGUGAGAAAUGCAAAUUAAUUGUUCACAUUUAUAUUCUAGUUCAGGAAAUAAUCCCUACAAUCCUAAUGACAAUCCAACAAUAUAAUGAUGGAAAUGUGCAGUCAGGUAACCCAGUUGGCGUGGUAUUGACACCUGAGACAAAAGCCGGUUUAUCCCUAGCAUGCUGAUUUCUGUGAAAGAAAUAUAAUGAACUAGCUGAACCUGCAAAUGAUUAGAUGGAGGAGUAAAUCUUGCCAUGGUUUUCGCAAGAUCAAGUACUCGGACACAGAUCGGUAGAUACCGUUUGCAAUGAUCUAGAGUAUGCUGAUAAAAUAGCUGCUUCACCAACAUGGGAACUAAGUGUCACCAUAUCUUUGGUUUGUGCAGCCGGCCAAAAUAAGAAAAAUGCACCGACAAAAGCUUUAGGUAAGAAAUCAAGUGCGGUUUAUGUUUUAUAGGGUGCCUGUGCAGGAUUUGUCGUCAGCGUGGUUGGAACCAUGUGGGUGUCGAUCGGGGGAAUCUUUCGAAACACGAUAGCUGACAUCCCCGGCCGAGCCCUGUCAACGGACGCUUGUCCUACCCCUAACAUCACAACGCUUGUGCCUAAUUUGACCACCCAUGCACCGGCCUCGCAGCCCCAACCAUUGGACAGAGACUUUAGUUUCUAUGAUCUCUCCUUCCUCUGGCUGACAGCUUUUGCCUUCUUGAUUGGAUUUAUGGUCGCCAGCAUUGUCAGUCUCCUCUCAGGUAUGAUUUUAUCUAAACUGUCUCUAACGCAGAUCAUGAAAGGUGGAAUGGCGUUUUCUCUUUAGCCAUCGAUUUUGCCCAAACAUAGACUUAUCCUUGUGAAGUUGUAUCAUUUAAAAUGUAAAUAGUCCUGAAAACACUAAAUACGGGAGAGGCGGAAAGUGCGCUUGUUGAAAUCGUGAAAUUAAAAAGUUCAGGUCGUCCACAACAAACAAUAUAAACAAAAUUGGGGUCAGGUUGCCUUUCCCGCAAGUAUGUUCUGAAUCGGUCAGACCUUUGAAGUAGCGCUCUGUGAGUGCGCCAUCAAGAAUCUGUUCCUGCCAAAUAACUGGACACACUCAUUGAGAUUUUUGCACAUAUUUUGUAUAGUACUGCAAAUACUCCUCCGCGUUUUGCACACGAAAGACUGAAACGCAUACAUGUAAUCCAAAAUCGUUUAGCGUAUAAAACGGUUGCUAAAACUGUGCUUGUUCUUUAAAAACUAACAGUUCAGCGUGUUCAUGGCAAUGCUAAUCAAAGCGGUCUAUUCAUUUUAAAGGCAUGAACACUAAAAAACCAGUUCGGCAGUCGCUGCUGGCUUCUCAAGCAGUUUCUUUCUAUAAAUGCCUUCGAAACUGUUGUCCAAAUCAAUUUUAUGAAGACAAUGACUCUCACGUAAGCUCCAUGUUCGUUUAAUUUGCAUUUCAAUUGUAGUAUGCUGUAUACUGAUGGAUACUUUGGAGAAUAAAUUCAGUCUGGGGGGUUCGAUUACGAGCAUCGCAAUGUGUUCUUUUAUGUGUGUCAAAUUUGAUAGUGCAGUCUUCCACAUUAUUGUACUUUUUAAUUGAAGAGAAAGUUGAACAAAUUCCUGCCGUAUGACCGUUAGAGAUAUGAACGAGAAUAAAACGUCAAUGAAACAAAUCGACCAUCCUAAACCCUAACAAAGACACAGCGAUUUCCGUAAAGUAAAAGGUGCUGGCAUGGCUUCCUUCUUCACUUAUAGGGUGCAAUGAAUGAUGGCUCGUGAAAAUCAGGCAUGGAGGGAACGACUACGAUUGAUGCACUAAGCGAUCUUUACGAAAACCCUUUUUGAGUUCAUUCUGAACGUGAACGGUUUGUAUUUGUCUGUUAAUUUUCUGAGAUCAUGCAAUAAAUCUCCUGAUUUCUAAAAAUGCUUUUUUAGUCUGGAAAUUUAAUCAUCUACCACAGCCACGCGGCUCCUCGGGGAAGGGAGCUAGGUGAUUCCUAGGUUUGGAAAAAUAUUCCAGCAUGGACUUCACUACAAUUCCCCAACCUCGCGUCAGACGGUCUCUGUUUAUUGCGUUUAAGUUUAAGAUGGUUAGGCCUGCAUGAAUUGAGAGAUAUGAACGGAAGGCGAGUCAUAGUCAAAGGACAACUGACAGUCAAUAACAGGUCCGGAAUUUCAGGGAAGCGUAUAGCGGAACGGGUGUUUCAUCUAUGAACAUUCUUUCAAUUAGGCAGUUUACGAUAUAAAAUCAGAGAGACCGUUUGUCUUCUUCCAGUUAGUCGAGAUCAGGGAGAUAUACGAAGGCAGGUCUUUAAAGACCCUUAUUUUUGCAGAGGUUCACCAAGAGCAGUAUACUGGCCUCUGCUUGUUUGACCAAGAGCGUGCAAUGGCCUGCAAAAUCGGCCUUUAGUUCAAUAUACCACUGCAACGCUAGAAUGACAAAUGAACUGUAGCCCUCAAGGUCGAUUUGCCAAAUGAAACAGGGUUAAAUCGCAGUUGGUAGCCAGGAAUGGGGAGGCAGAGAGCGAGGUCCCUGUCUUACGGGCAUGGUGGGGAAGGGGGUUAUAUAGGUAGGGCAAAUGAAAGUGCUGGUGGAGGAAUGUUGGAGUUUCUGGGAAAAGAUAGUUACUAAAAAAGUGUAGGGAAGUUUGAGUAAGGUAAGACGUAUAGCUAAAUCCCAACGAAACAUCAUAGGGAUAACCUAACUCGAAGGUUCUAAAACUUUUUUGGAAAACACUAAGUCUAAGCCUAACCCCUAACCUAACCGCAAAACUAAACCCUAACCUUAACCUAAACCUUAACCUUAACCCUAAACUUAACCUUCAGCCUAACCUUAACCCCAAACUUCACCUUAACCCCAAUCUCAACCUUAACCCUAAGCUUAAACUUAACCCGUAACCCUAACCUUAAGUCUAACCUUGACCUUAACCCUAACCUUAAUCCUGACCUGAACCCUAACCUUAACCUUAACCCUUACCUUAACAUUAACAUUAACCUUAGCCCUAAACUUAACCUUAACCCUAGCCUUAAGCUUAGCCCUAACCUUAAUCAUAACCCUAGCCCUAACCGUAACCCUAAACUUAGCCCUAACCCUAGCCUUAACCAUAGCCCUAACCUUGACCGUAACCCUUACCUUAAUCGUUAACUAUUAUUCGUUGACCGUUAACCCUAACCCUGAAGCCGGAACCCAACCCUAAAGCCAAACCAAAAUCAUAAACCUAAACCCUAAUCCUAACACUAAAGCCAGACCCUAUAACGCAAAUCCUGAUCAUCAAACCUAACCUACGCCUAACCAUGACCCUCACUAAACCCAAUAGCCUGACCGAAACGGCUAACCUACCUCAUGCGCUAGAAGAAUACCUACUGAUAACCAGUUCCCUAUACAAGGUAAACACAUCCACUGAUAACAGGUAAAUACGUCAACAGUAUCAACGUACAGUGCCUGGCUACCAACUGCGAUCUUACCUGAGACAUACUUCUGGAUACAAAGCUGCACAUUCUAUUUUAAUCUUAUUAACUAUGGCAUAUAUUCUUCCCCCCCCGGAUAAGUUGGACACGCCAUUUUGUCCUCAUCCUGUUCUCCACUGCCGAAGAUUUUCUCCUGCCAGGCUUCUAAUUUGAGUUUGGAGCGGUCAGUUCAGAGAAUUUUCGUGUUACCAAGCAUUAUCGUUUCUUGGGACAUUUGCAACUUAAUUACCCAUAUGAAACUCAUUUUUUGAUCCGACACGGGUUGCAGCAACGGAAUAAUCUCGGUGUCCCUGAGAAGAAAACGCUGAAUUACUGAGACGAUGCGUGGUUUCUCGGUUUUGAAUAGACGAUCACAAGUGGCGGUUUGCGUUCUGUGGUUAGCCAGUCUACACGAGCUUGCCAAACAUACGGCUGAAAAUUGUGUCGCUUUCAUCUGCCUGACAGUUUCUGGGGGUUUUCCGUAAUUCGCACGCUCAGAUUGGCCUCCUUUGAUGUCCUCGGAUGCAGUGCGUUACAAAUGAGGCAUCCCACCUCCCGUCUUAGAAAUGGAUUCCACCUCCACUGUCACUACCGAGACGCCAACGACGUCAAAAAACAACGCCACCAACAACAAGCAAACUCCCAAUACCCCUAGAUCAUUGUCGCAUCCGCCAUCAAUGCCGCAAGCCACCCGCCAACGGCGACGACGAUCACGACUAUCCUCAUCAUUGUUGGCAACAGUCCCGAAGCCCUACCACCCAUCACAACGUCCACCACAACCGCCAGCGCCAUAUUGUGCAGUAGCCUGGUCAGUCGGCUGCAAAUCUAUCUCAAUGAGAUAAACUAG